AUGAUUACAGAAUACUUAGAUAUUUCUACCUGUAAGAAACAUUUAUUGUACGUCGUAUGGAAGAAAUCUGCUGAAGCAGCAUGCAGACCUGUUUCCAAGAAACCAAAAGCGAUAACAUUUCUUGAAAAUUUCAAAAUUUCAUCAUUUGAUAUUUUCGAUAUCAAUCUUAUUAAGAUACUUAUGAAGUUUCAUCCUUAUGCUGUAAUUCGAAAUUAA